UCUAUUCGCUGUCCAUACAAAUUUGUUUUCGCCCAACACUUUGCCUUCUCUCUCACUUCCCCUUUUCAACUUUUCUUCCUCCAGGUCCAGCCCAUGAGAGCUGCAAGAAUCCGCUCAAUGUGCAGUUAAAUUUCGUUGUUCUUCAUAUGUAGACAUUGAUUUUCUUGGAUAAUUUCCAGUGGAGUUCCGAGAUUCAAAGACUUGAGAUUCUUGGAGCAACGAACUGAUUCUUUCUGUAUUCUGGGAUUUUUGUCUGAGAUCUGAAGUAUUCGCCCUCUCUUUCCCAAUUCAACUUCCAGCCCACUAAUUACAGACCUUCCUCCGGCAGCGCCGCCCGCCGGAGUCUCAUCUCCGCCCAUCUUUUUCAGCAUUUCGGUUUGAUUUUUUGCCUGACAAGUUCAAGCUUAAUAUUUGUUUCCAUUUGCUUUCUCUGUUUGAUUAUUUCCUGCAGUUAGUUACAGUUAAUGCGUGUGAUAGUUAGGAUUAAGACAGAGAUUUUCUGUGUAAUGCUGAGAAUCUUGAGAUUGUUCAGAACUCUGUAAAACCUUGUCCUUUAGUUGGAGGGUUCUUGUAUUUGUAUCGUGGAAGAUGUUGAAAAUGAGUGCCAAGAAUGAUCUGUUGCCGCCACAAACAAAUGCUGGUUUGGGGGGCGGACGCGGCGGAGGGGGAGGCCGCGGUGGUGGUGGUGAGAAACAAUGGGAACUUAGGCCCGGUGGAAUGCUGGUCCAGAAACGCACGGACGCCGACAUAGCCCAUAUGCCGCCGCCUACUAUUCGCGUGCGUGUCAAAUACGGGUCGAUUUAUCAUGAAAUAUACAUAAGCUCUCAAGCCACCUUCGGGGAGCUCAAGAAAAUGUUAUCCGGGCCGACAGGAUUACACCACCAAGAUCAGAAGUUAUUUUACAAGGACAAAGAGAGGGAUUCAAAUGCGUUUCUUGAUAUUUCAGGAGUGAAAGACAAAUCUAAAAUCGUGCUCCAGCAAGAUCCCGUAAGCCAAGAAAAAAGGUAUUUGGAGAUGAGGAAGAAUGCGAAAAUGGAAAAGGCUGCGAAAACGGUAUCAGAAAUCAGCUUGGAGGUUGAUAAGCUGGCUGCACAGGUUUCAGCGAUUGAGACUGUGGUUUCUGGAGGCGGGAAAGUGGUGGAAAAGGAUGUAGUAAACCUGACUGAGUUGUUGAUGAAUCAGUUGGUUAAAUUGGACGGCGUCGUUGCUGACGGUGAUGUCAAAUCACAGAGGAGAAUGCAGGUUAGGAGAGUACAGAAAUUUGUUGAGACUCUUGAUAUGUUGAAGCUCAAGAAUUCAGCCCCAGCUAGCAACGAGAACCACGUCUCAUUACAGCAGAAGCAUCCAAAUGGGAACGUUCCCUUGCAGACCUCAAACGCGAGCGUUUCAUCCCCCAUCCAACAGCAGCCGGCCGGGCAUUCAAUCAUGUACUCUUUAAUUGAUUCACCAAACCACCACCAGCAACCGUUGAGCCACUCAGCCUCGGGGGCCCCUGUGGUGAUAACCACUCAAUGGGAAACGUUUGAUCCUAUGCCAAUGCCAUUGCUAGGUGCCCCUUCAACGUCCAAGACAGAAACGAUCACAGUUCUUCCGGCUCAUCAAUCUAGUCUUACAUGGGAUUUACUUUGAGUUGUAUCACCCAUUUAUGUGCUCGUGUGAAGAUGUGCGUUUUGGAUUGGUUUCUCGAGUUGGUUUUGGAGUCUAUUCUUUUCUGUAUUUAGAGGUUUUUGUUAGCUUUGUUGUUCAUGCGUCGUCCACUUGAGAAAUAAACAGGCUACGUGAAAUUCUAGCCCCACAUUUAGUCCAACCAAAUUGAAGUAAAUGCAAUUUGUCUUGUCAUGUAACUGAUGUACAGUUUAAAAAGUAUCGUAAGCACACAACAAAUGCAAUAAAACUUGCAAUAUGAUUGAUUUGGCGGAAUAAA